AUGACAGUUGAUGCCCUCGCCAAAAUCGCGUCUCACAAAAACAUUGAUGAGAAAAAUUUUUGUCUGUUAAAAAGAACCCUUAAAACAGUGACGUGGCUCAAGAGGGACGAGGACCAGCUGCUGACGGCAGGCGGCCAGGUGUACUCCCACGACUCCAGGUACUCCGUCUCCCACGUCAGGCACCAGCAGCUGUGGGAACUGUCAGUACGAGAUGUAAUGCUGAAAGACGCAGGCACCUACGAGUGUCAGUUGACCACACAUCCUCCCACCUCCCUCUUUUUCAUCCUCAAGGUGGUAGAGGCCAGGGCAAUACUCCAGGGGGCGCCAGAAGUCCAUGUCCAGACGGGGGUCAGCCUACGUCUGCACUGCUCGGUCCUGCAAGCCACCCAACCCCCAGCCUUCAUCUUCUGGUUCCACAAUGGUAGUAUGAUCAACUAUGCCCCCCGGCGGCCACUCAGGGUCCUCAAACACCACUAUAGUAGCACACUCCUUAUGGCCGAUGUUACUUGGGACGACGCUGGUGCAUAUAGAUGUGAACCUCACAAGGCUUCUCCAGCCAACCUUACUCUGCACGUCGUGGCUGGAGAGAAGCACGCGGCCCUGCACAAUGGUCAGGGUGAUGGUAGCGAGGAACACAACUCCGCCCCCGGCCUUCUCCACCGCUCCAACACCCCACUCCUCAUCGGUUCCUCCUGCCUGUUGGUGAUCCUCCUCUCUGUGUACAUCGACAACUUUUACGAUAUGGUGGCAGUGGACAGCGAUACCUCGAUGCUCACUGACAACAAGACCAAUGCCGGGGGCAGUGACACGGAGCCCUCCACACUGAACAUAUCAUCCAGGGCAUCAGGUCUUCAACGUUACGGAGCGUCAAUAACACGACGACAUGUACCUUCAAAACAGCGGACCGAUGGUUGCAGAGAGGCGACUGUGAUCGCAACAACGAAGAUGCCCACGACGGAAAGACGGAGAGUGGAAGGGACAUGGGGUUGGACGGACACCAUCGCUCAUUACGGGGUCACAAGCCCCAGACUGUAAAAAAAAAAAAA